UGACGUCAGGCGCGGGGCGAGGAGAAGUGACAGAGGCCCGGGGCCACCACCUCCUUUUCGCCGCGGGCCCGGGGAGCGGCAGCACCUCCGGCAGCACCUCCGGCUCCAGAUCUGUAUCAGAAUACCUGAGGUCCAUCAUGUUUUCCAAGCUGAGCCGUCCCCAGAGUGUUGCUGUUCUCUCUCGAGGUCUCCACGCAUCACUGAGUUCUGCUGCCUCAGUUGCUCCCAAAAAAACUGUUCAAAGGCCCGUCUCCUCUGAGUCCAUCUAUGAACGGGAGGCUAAAUAUGGUGCCCACAACUAUCACCCACUGCCUGUUGCUCUGGAAAGAGGGAAAGGUGUUUAUGUGUGGGAUGUUGAAGGUAGAAAGUAUUUCGACUUUCUGAGUGCUUACAGUGCAGUUAAUCAAGGUCACUGUCACCCAAAAAUCGUGGAUGCUCUGAAAGCUCAGUCUGAAAAACUAACCCUGACAUCCAGGGCAUUCUACAACGAUGUACUUGGUGAAUAUGAGGAGCUCGUCACCAAAAUGUUCAAUUACAACAAAGUUCUUCCAAUGAACACAGGAGUGGAAGCUGGAGAAACUGCCUGUAAACUGGCUCGGAAAUGGGCAUACACUGUGAAAGGAGUCCCAAAAUACAAAGCUAAAAUUAUUUUUGCAGCUGGCAACUUCUGGGGCAGAACAAUGUCUGCCAUCUCCAGUUCUACUGACCCAUCCAGCUAUGAUGGAUUUGGGCCCUUCAUGCCAGGUUUUGAAGUGAUCCCAUACAAUGACCUCCCAGCUCUUGAGCGGGCCCUUCAAGAUCCCAACGUGGCAGCUUUCAUGGUUGAACCAAUUCAAGGGGAAGCAGGUGUGGUUGUUCCUGACAAGGGUUAUCUCACAGGAGUGAGGGACCUCUGCACAAAACACAAUGUUCUGUUUAUUGCUGAUGAAAUACAGACUGGUUUAGCCAGAACAGGGAAAAUGCUGGCUGUUGACCACGAAAAUGUGAGACCUGAUAUAGUUCUUCUUGGAAAGGCCCUUUCUGGUGGUUUAUAUCCUGUCUCAGCUGUACUGUGUGAUGAUGAAAUCAUGCUGACCAUUAAGCCUGGUGAACAUGGAUCUACAUAUGGAGGAAAUCCAUUGGCUUGCCGUGUGGCAAUGGCAGCACUGGAGGUAAUUGAAGAUGAAAACUUGGCAAAAAAUGCAGAAAUAAUGGGUAACCUCCUAAGAAAUGAGCUCAUGAAGACGCCGUCCAACAUUGUAACUGCUGUGAGAGGAAGGGGGCUGUUAAAUGCAAUUGUAAUCCGGGAAACCAAAGACUACGAUGCCUGGAAGGUGUGUUUGCGGCUCCGCGAUAACGGACUCCUGGCCAAGCCCACUCAUGGGGACAUCAUCCGUCUGGCACCACCACUGGUGAUUAAGGAGGAUGAAAUCAGAGAGUGCAUCGAAAUAAUUCACAAGACCAUCCUGUCUUUCUGAAAAACGUGGCUUUUACAGUCUGUCUGCUGACUGCUCCGAGGUGGUGUGCUGAAAUAUGUGCGAUGAAGGCCUGCUCUUGAAGCAAUCAUCUCUCGUUCCUUUUAUCUAGGAGGACUUGUAGCUGUAUCUUUAAAUUAUAGUGGCUUGAUAAAGAAAAUACAGGAUGAUUUUAAAGAG